UUCAUGGAGUAAUUAGCUGAAUUUAUACACAGGCAUUUUUUUUUAUCUGUAUAUAGUAGUAUAGAAAUUUAAAGUUCGACUAUCAAUUGGUAUCGAGUCGUUCGAAUCUUCGAUAUGAUAAUGUUAAAUGAAAACAAUGAUGGUUCAAGCAGUUCCGAAGAUGAAAUAUCAAAAGCUGCAUUAAGAGAAGCAACAGAUCACCAAUUUCUGAAGGUCACCUAUUUUUCCAACGAAAAAUUUCAAAACUCAGAUGUUUCUACGAAAACGUAUGAACACAAUGAUUCAUUAGAAAAUAAUAAUGUAAAAAACCCCGUGUCAUUAAGAAAAGAUUUGGAGGAGAAAAAGACAUUUUCUAAUUUUGGUGUGAGUCCGACAUUCCAGAAUUAUGUUGCAAAAAAGCUGGACGAAAUUAUAGAGAAAUCUAUUAAAGUAAAAAAGAAAAACAUAAACAGUAUUAUAAAUGAAGAAAAAGAAAAAGUCAACAUUUAUGGCAUAAAGUUACUCAAUUCUUCUGUAGAGUUUUUAACAACUGAAAAAGAAAGUGAAAAGCCUCAAAUGAAAAGGAAAAUUAAAGCGGCUAUAGAUGAGGAAACAAAUUUCUCAAAAUGUAAAACAGUAGCCGUAGAUCCUGAACGAAUAUUAUCAAAAAUAGACACUGAAGCUUGGACAAGUAAGAGGAAAGAACCUGAAUUCAAUUACAAGAAACUGAAAAAUGGUACUCUAGUUGAAAAAACCUAGUCACAG